AUGCACAUAAAUAAAUUAUCUGAGCAUCAAAACUAAAAAAGUGGGUCAUUUGUACAUUUGUCUCCGUAAGCUUAUGAGGCCUUAUAAACAUUAGAGUAAAUUAAAAAGAAUAACAUACUUCAGCAGAAUUCCUAAAUCGUUAGAAGAGUUUCAUCACAAUAUGUUCAAUAGCCUUCUCAAAAAAAUUAAUAGAGAACAUCCAGUUAAUUGCAGGCUUCUCCAAUACAGCAGAGAAAAGAGCUCUAAACCAAUUCAUCAUUAUCAUUCAUCAGAGGAGCUCUAUAGUCAAAUCGCACCAACAAAAUGGAAACAGAGGGUAGUCACAAACCAAAUUCAUAAACUGAAAGAUAGAUUAGUUAACAGCAAACUCUGGGCAAAUCGGACGAGCCUACUCCAUUCUUCAGAGACACUUUAUCAAGUGACCGCAACAAAUGCAACUAGACUAGCUUAAGCUAAUAUUUGUCUAGACAUCAAUUUUAAUAGCAAUUCAAAUAUAUCAAUGAAGAAUUAUAAGCAUUUAAAUAAUAGGUCGAAAACGAUGUCUUGAUUGAGACUACAAUUCCAAAAAUAGUCAGCUCUUUGUAGACCAAUCUUAAAAGGAGAAUUUUUCUCCUACAAACCAAAUUAAUGAUGAAAAAGCAAUUGAUCCUAAAUCAGAUCCUCUCUCUCGAUAAUCAAAUCAAGAUUAUGGAAGAUGAAGAAACUAAAAUUGCUCUUGACCCUUAGAAAUCAAAGAAGAAGUAAAAUACUACUCAUUCCCCUUCCAAGUAAUAGAUUGUUGAAAGUCUAUAUGAAAGAGCGUAAAAGAAGCAAUCGAAUUUCUAAAAACUAUUUGAGGAAACUCAGAUAAGCAAAGAAUAGAAUGUAUUUAAAGAGUGUACUUUUAUUCCAAAGAUAAAUAAGUAGAAUAUAUCUGGAAAUUUUAUGGAGCGCUUGGAUGAUUGGAUCAAGAGGAAAAACAAAAAGAUCACUUAACAACAAGAGCAAAGCUAGGAAAGAAUAAUGAGAGAGUGCACUUUUAGUCCUUUACAUAAACAAUUAAAUAAGACCAAUCUCAGUCACACAGCAGUUUAUUAAAGAAAUCAAGAGUGGUAGAAUAGGAUAAAUAUAAAGAAACAAAAGAUGAAGGCCUAAAACUCAUUUAUACAAAUGAGUGCAAAAAAGGAGUAGAGCACUCCAAAAAAAAUACACAAGAGAUCUAGUUCAUAAUAAUAUUAGAUUGAUCUUGCUAAAAUAUUAUAAUCAACAAAUUCUUAAAAUACCACGAAAAGGGUAAAACAAUAAUCUCCUAUCCUAACUGAAAUUCAAAGUGGAAUUCUUAAUGCUUCAAAUAAGAAAAUUGAAAAUGUAGACACGAAGUAUUAACAACUAUGUGAAAUGGCAAAUAGGAUUAAAGCCAAAUCUAAAAAUUGA